AUGAAACCAUAUUCUCCAAGAAAAAAAAAGCUUAAAUUCGAAUUUUCAGAAAUACAAAUGGCUACAACAACUUCAUUAACUCCUUCGGUUCCAAAUCAUCAUAUUCCUGUAGCUGUUACAAUUCCUCCUGAAAUCUUUAUUAAAAUAUGUGAACAUCUACCACCGUCAGACCUUUUGGUAUUAACAGGUGUUUGUAGAAGAUUUCGAGGAUUUUUAUGUUCUCCAGAAUCCUCUAUUACACAAGAUAUUUGGCGAACUUCUCGAGUUAAUUUUCUUCCAAGUCUUCAAUUACCACCACCUGAUGGAAUGUACGAAGAAGAAUAUAUUCGAUUUGGAAAAUUGUUAACCAACUGUCAAUAUUGUUUAACCAAAAAAACCGUAAAGGUUUAUUGGCAAUUUCGUGUAAGAUGUUGUCAAGAAUGUUUGUCGAAAAACACCACUCCGAUUGUUUUUAGCAAAACUUAUGAGUGGAUGAACGACAGCGUUCUUAGCGGAUUGGCGUAUGUACGCCAUAAUAACCAAGUUCUUUUCUGGUAUCCUGAUGUUAAAUCAUCAUACAAAGAAUUUGAGGCGAUCAGUGGCAAUAAAUAUUUGGAGUGGGUCGAAAAAAGAAAAGAAAGUCGUAUUAAGAUUAUGGAUGAUGCAUCUCAACGUGAUCAUGCAGCUGCUUCUGCUGAAGAAGAAAAAAAUAAACAAAAUGGUGCUGCAGCUGACACUACACAAAGUAUUGCAGCAUCUGUCGGUGCGUUAGAUGUUGAUCCUAGACAAUAUGCUCUUUCCCAAAUUCGUAUUACUGGAACGAGAUCAAGCGUUUCUUCGGCCGUUUCGGCUUUGCAGCAUUUUCCGCAUAUUGAUACUCUCGAUAUUAUGAUCAUGGAUUCCCCUUAA